CGGAUGUCAGAUCCCGUUGGAGUUUUUCUCUCUUCGAGAUACCCUAGCAGCCGCCGUUUGUGGCUUGAACCCUCGUCGCCGCUGUCAAGCUGGCCAUCCGACGAUCCGCCGACGCCGAAGGUUCCUUUCCUCUCCAAUUUCUCUUCCCUUUCCGCUGAUUCCAUCUCCUUGUUCUCCCACGUUCUUCCGCUUCUCUGUUCCACCCUCCCAAGGUUUUGUUCUCCAUCGCCUACAGCCCAAUCACCAAGUUGUUGAGCCGUUAUCAUCGAUUUCCUCUGUAAAUCCACCCCCAAAAGUCGGUGACCCAGCGAUCACUCCAAAUCGUUACCUUGAAGACACACGCCCACUGUUACCCUCUAAAGACCAUCCCCAAUUCUUCACCAUUGUCCGCUCAGUUCGUUUCACGCUCAACAUAACUGAUAUCUGGCAAUUAGCCAAUACAAUUAGUGCAUUUCCCUUUUUUCCAUUUUGAAAAUCGCACUCGACUUGGUAGCGAAGGGAGGACGGACGAGCGAGUACGGGCAUGGAGAAGAGGGGAAAAAGCUCCCGAACGAAGCUCAACAUUGCCAUCAUUCAUCCAGAUCUUGGAAUCGGUGGAGCUGAAAGAUUAAUUGUCGAUGCUGCUGUGGAGCUUGCAUCCCAUGGGCACAACGUUCAUAUCUUUACUGCGCAUCAUGAUAAAAAUCGAUGUUUUGAGGAGACCCUAAGUGGAACCUUCCCUGUUGCUGUAUAUGGUGAUUUCCUACCCCGUCAUAUCUUCUACCGUCUACAUGCAGUAUGUGCAUAUAUCCGGUGCAUUUUUGUUGCUUUGUGUGUAUUGUUCCUGUGGCCAUCAUUUGAUGUCAUACUUGCUGAUCAAGUCUCUAUAGUUGUUCCAUUGAUGAAGCUAAAGAAGUCAGCUAAGGUUGUGUUCUAUUGCCAUUUUCCAGAUUUGUUGCUUGCUCAACAUACAACACUUCUCAGAAGGAUAUACCGGAAACCCAUAGACUUUAUAGAAGAAAUAACCACUGGCAUGGCUGAUUUGAUUCUUGUUAACAGCAAAUUUACUGCAUCCACUUUUGCAAAUACAUUUAAGCAUCUUGACGCAAGAGGAAUUAAACCAGCCGUGCUUUACCCAGCUGUCAAUGUAGAUCAAUUUGAUAGACCUCAUGCUUCUAAGUUGAAUUUUCUCUCCAUCAACCGCUUUGAAAGGAAAAAGAACAUAGAAUUAGCGAUAUCUGCCUUUGCCAUGCUUCACACUCUUGAAGAUGAUGCUCCUCAAACACACAAUGUGGCUGAUGUUACCUUGACAGUUGUAGGUGGCUUUGACAAACGGCUAAAAGAGAAUGUUGAAUACUUGGAGGAAUUGAAAACCUUGGCAGAAAGGGAAGGCGUGUCUCACCAAGUCUAUUUCAUGACAUCCUGCUCCACAGCUGAUCGAAAUGCCCUGCUUUCAGAUUGCCUGUGCGUUCUUUAUACACCCAAGGAUGAACAUUUUGGAAUUGUUCCCUUGGAGGCAAUGGCCGCCCAUAAACCUGUAAUUGCAUGCAAAAGUGGGGGGCCUGUUGAAACAGUCAAGGAUGGUGUGACAGGGUUCCUUUGUGACCCUACACCUCAAGCAUUCUGUUCAGCCAUGGCGAAGCUCAUUCAGGAGCCCCAGCUGGCAGAGAGAAUGGGAGCGGAAGCUAAACGUCAUGUCACCGAGUCAUUUUCCACCAAGAUAUUUGGUCGACGCUUGAAUCAAAUUGUCAUCGAUAUAGCCGGAUGGAAGAGUGAGUGAGUAUAUCUAAACGAAUGGGGUCCAUGCUCUUCUCUUCUCCAUGAUGUCUCGGUACACUUGGGGCAAAUAUGCCCCGAUUGAGUGGCACGGCUAUGGGUCUUAAUGGGAUUUUGUUCACUCUUGAAGGCUAUUUAUUCUAGUAGGGGAAGACCCACAGUCGUGCUUCAUUACAUUCGUCAUGCACUAUCAUGUUUGUAAGGUAUGGACGUCAGGGCUGAUAGUUGUUGCGUAUAUUGUUAAUUUAUAAAUCAUUCUGGUUUUUUAGGUGUAAAA